AAACUUGAACCCUCCCCUCGCUACUCUAUUGACAGAGUGAUCCGCCACGUGCGCGACUACGGCGCGGUGUUUCUGUGCGACGAGCGAUUCGCCUCGCCCGACGCGCGCUCCCACCUUCCCGUGUGGAUGCGGUCCGGUGUGCGGGUGUACAACACCUUCGGCCCUGCCAUGAAGGAGACCUCCGACUUCUUCCGGUCGGCACAGUCCAAGUAUCCGGCCUUGCUGUCUAAACUGACGGGCAGUCAGACCGCCACGAUGACGGGGCAAUCGUGUGCUCCAAACUCACUCAAACGCCAAUUUCUCGCCUCGCUCAAAAGCCCUGGUGAUGGGUUCCAGUUCCCCUGCGCAUCAAAUCACAUUUCGACGUGGGCCGAGAGUCUUGCCCCGGGAGGUGUGACCGGCGAUUUCUUGCAGAGUUAUACACCUCAGCAACCAGAAGCCUGUUCUGUGACUGCCGAGGCCAAAGAGGAAUCCACCAAUUCGUCAAACUCUGUUCUGGAUCGUGUCUACUGUAAUAUUGAGAAGAGUAGCAUGGUUCCACGUGCCUAUCCUGAUUUGCGUCUGCUUUUCUCCAUGGCGGCCAAUAACCUCGGACCAAGUCGUCCUCCUCCCCCCUUUCUUCUCUUCCUCCACGUCUUCCUCUUCCCGUUCCCCUACCUCCGCCCCUCAUUCCAUUCUUCUCCCCCUCUUUCUCCAUUUUCUGCCUUUUCCUCCCUCUCACUCCUCUUCCUAACCUCCUCCUUAUUUCCUUCCUCCUCCUUUUCCGUCUGUUCCUCCUCGCUCUCAUUUUCUUUCCCCGCUCCACAUUUCUCAAUUUGCUCGCUCCCUCUUGACUUACUCUCGCCACUCUCACCUGCAGUUAACAUUCUCACUCCAGCCGAACCGUUUAAGCGUCCUGCCUCUGACGACUUAGUCGCAGGGAAACCGCGUGACGACGACGACGGCGACGCAGCCUUGGAGGCGCGUCUCCUGAACCACCACCAGGCAGCAAAGCGUAUCAAGUUAGUCAAGCAGCACAUCAAUCCGGAGACUGGUGGAAGCCUGUCGCCCGCUGAUUACCUCCAAUCCGUGAAACGCCUCUUCCAAAAUGCCUCUCCGGACAAGGAAAAUCGAUCGUUUAAGGACUUUAAGUCCGCGUUGUUGACGUACAAAGCGAGUGAGAAGGAGAAGGGACUGUCCGCAGUCCAGCGGGUCUUCACCUCAUUGGCCAACCUCUUUAUUCCCAACGACGCGCCUGGUCUGCUCAGGGAUUUUAUCGUUUUCGUGCGGGAAAGUGAGAAGCCGAGGUACGCAGAACUGUGCAAAGGACUCACUGGCCUGGCGACUGCUUCUGGUUCGAAAGACGGCGGGCCUUCGCCAGCGGUUUCCGCGUCUUCCGAAGUUGCUAAGCCGUCGUCGUCUUCCAAGGCAGUGGCAUUGUCGUGCGCCCGUUGCAAGAAGACCCCGAUUCCCGAUCCACUGCGCGCCCCUUGCUCGCACAUCUGCUGCUUCCCCUGCUGGCGGAGUAUUAUUGAACAGGUAGCGUUGAAAUACACAGUUGUCUUUGUUGAUCGCACUAUUGACUUGUUUAUGUGGUUGGCAGCUGGAGGCAGUGUUUCCGCGACAGACUCACUGGAACACCACGACCACUGCUUCCAGGCUGUGCUUUCUUGA